AAAGCGACUUGCCAUGUUGGAUCUUUUAAUAUUGGAAUCUCGACAAGGUUCUUUGACUGAUUCCGAUAUCAGAGAAGAAAUUGAUACGUUUAUGUUUGAAGGUCAUGAUACUACAGCAAUGGGUAUAAUCUUUACUUUAUUACUAUUAGCCGAACAUAAAGAUAUCCAGAAACGUGUGAGGGCUGAAGUCGAUACUGUGAUACAGGAAAAUGGAGGAAAACUUACCAUGAAAUCAUUGCAAAAUUUAUUAUAUUUAGACAGAUGUUUAAAGGAACACUACGUUUGUACCCGAGUGUGUUUUUUAUAUCACGAACAGCAGCGGAAGACGUGAAAUUACAUUCAUAUGUUGUGCCUGCCGGAACGGUUUUGCAUCUUAAUAUUUGGGGAGUUCACAGAGAUCCCAA